GCGACAUCUUCCCUCCUUCGGGGAACUUCGGGUGCACAUUUUUCGCGUACACUUUGAUUACGAGAUCGAAGUAACCGUGAUGCUUGUCACUCGUGACGGGAGUAUACGGCCGCAGAACGAGUUGUCCUCCUGGUGAAGCGAUAAGAUAGAUGUGUUGUCCAGUAGGAAGACCGAGGACGUGUUCCGGUGUUGGCAAAGCAAAUCGGAACCUCCGGGUGUCAUGGCUGACGAUUUCCUUUUCGGCGAGGCUCACCGUAUACUUGGUGUCAGGGUCGACCAGAAGCUUCGGCGGGGCCGACUUGCGCCUGAAGAAUCGGUAAAGGGCGACCGCGGCCACGGUUGCGCCCACAGCACCCAACACCAGCACGGCCGACAUGCUCGAGCCCCUCUGCAUCAAAACUGGGCUACUGCUUUAUUGAUAGGAGGAUAAGUGUCAGCUCCCUCUCUCUAUCUCGCUCCCCUCGCGUAGACCUAUUUAUCUAUAUAUGAUUUCCGCAAAUUAUCAUCCAUGGAGAGCGUCGAAGUACGCGGAAAACUUUCGUUUUUCAGGGGCCAUUCAACAAGUCCUUCGCGCGCGGACGAUUACAGCGCCAAGUCGUUUUUUCUGCUUCUUUCUUUUUUUGCGAUUUCGUGUUAAAUUGUAACAACAAAAAUCGAAGAUCGCGCUAAUGUUUUUUUGUACUAUUUUCAAAACCUGAAACAGUAGAGCAAUGAACAUAUCUCGCGAUAUUUUGAUCCAAAAUGUAGCAGACGCUAUGUUCAGCGCACGGCCAUCGAUGCAAAGGAAAAAAAAAAAAAUGGAGGUGGCCGUAGCAGAUCGAGCAUCGAGCAGAAGUUUUGUUGCACUUAACGAUAUGCCGAGUGAAAUAUUAAUUAAUAUAUGUGCCUAUCUAGACUACAAAGACUUAGUACGCUGCAGCCGAAUCAACAGACGUCUUCGUGACGUGUGUGCUCACGAUGCCCAUUGGAAGAGGCUCUGUAACAAGUAUUGGCUAGAAACAGAGUUGCCAGAGGAUACGACAUGGAAGCUGCAUUUCUUCUCCCUGUACCGACACCUUCGUCGCUAUGCUCACUGUUACGCGCAAAUCAAGUCGGCGUGGCAGAAGAUACAGCACUUCAUGAAGGAAAAUUGCCCCGUCAUCUUCCAGUCCAUCAGAGAAGGUACAAGUGAGGAGCGUCUCGACGAGGCUGAGAGGAAACUGGGCGUACGCCUUCCCGAUGACCUCCGUUGCAGCUACCGCAUCCACAAUGGCCAGCGGCUCGCUUCGCCAGGGUUGAUGGGCAGCAUGAGCAUUCCCAGUCACUACCGGUCAGAGUUCAUGUUGGACAUCGAAACUGCAGUGACCGGCUUUCAGGUAUUAAGAAGCCGUGAAGGUCUGGAGGGCUGCAUGCCCCUGACAUUUUGCCUACACUCCGGGCAGAGUCAACUGAUCGCACUGAGGGAUACGGACGGCCACGUACCCUUCACGGUCUUUUACCCAUCUCACGACCCCGUCGAUUACUUCAUUACAGGGCGAUCGUUCUCAGAAUGGUUUACGACGUACGGAGAGAUGCUUCACAGGAAGGAAUUUGUGGUGCUGGACAGUCAGCCUUACAGGUUUUACCAUGAACCAGGCUGUGAGCAAGUGACAGGACACACCAGGGUGAAGGUGGCCACAUGCUUUGUGCCUGAAUUGAGUACCAUCAAUCCCCCCCAUUUCUUUCACACCUACCGGAUCACCAUGUCCAUGUCGGAGGAAGCACCGGAGCAGGACAGCUGCCAGUUGGAGACGCGCCACUGGAUUAUCACGGAUGAAAACGGAAAAGAGGAAAGGGUGGACGGUCGAGGUGUGGUUGGAGAGUACCCGGUGAUGUACCCUGGCGCAGAAUUCUCCUGGAUCAGCUGCGCCAACCUUCCCACUACCUACGGAAACAUGAAGGGGCAUUUUGUCAUGCGCAAUCUUCAGACAGGUGACCGGAUAGAAGUGCAAUGCCCAGUCUUCCACAUGAAAUGCCUUCCGUACGUCACUUCCGCGGAGAGGGAAGCACUCAAGAGGGAAAAGCACGCACUCAAGAAGGCCCAAUGAGCUGCUUUGCAUCAAAUGCACUCAUAUUUAUUACGCACCGAGCUGUAUGGAGCACAGCUGGUCACUUUCCCACACUGUGGCAAAAACAGAUUAAUUAAACUGGCAUUGGAAGGUGCAAUGCUCACUGCCA